ACUCCGUUAUACUCCCGUUAUACUCAGUGCUCGCGCACUUUCCCGCGGGGACGCGCUCCCGUUUGGUGCGCGCGCCCGGCGGAAUCCCCGGGGAGCGACGGCGGCGCGCACAGCCCGGCCUCGCGCGUCGCCGUUGCCGUGGCGCCGUCCAAUAGCCGCCCGCGUUGCUGGGUGCGGCGUUCAACGGGCGGCCGCGUUGCUGCGUGGCGGCGGCGCGGCCAUGGAGGUGCGUUGCGGCGGGCUGCUGUUCAGCUCCCGGUUCGACUCGGGGAACCUGGAGCGAGUGGAGCAGGUGGGGCCUAACGACGGGAACGGCGGCACGGCGCCGGGCUGCGCCGAGCUGCCACCGGCCGACUACGAGUUCAACGUGUGGACACGGCCCGACUGCGCGCACACACAGUACGAGAACGGCAACAGGUCGUGGUUCUACUUCAGCGUGCGCGGCGGCGCGCCCGGGAAGCUGCUGAAGCUGCACAUCGUGAACAUGAACCGGCAGAGCCGGCUGUACGCGCACGGCAUGGCGCCCUUCGUCAGAACCGUGCCCGGCAGGCCGCGAUGGGAGAGAGUGCGGGAACGGCCCUGCUUCCAGGUGGUGGACGCCCAGUUCGUGCUGUCCUUUGUGCACCGCUUCCUGGAGCAGCGCGGCAGCACCACGUACUUUGCGUUCUGCUACCCCUUCUCGUACGGACAGUGCCAGGACAUGCUGGCACAGCUGGACGGCCGCUACCAACACUGCCGACAUAUGGCGCCCGGCAGCCCCCUGGAUUCGGUCUAUUACCACCGGGAGCUGCUGUGCCAUUCCCUGGACAAGCUGCGCGUGGACCUGCUGACCAUCACCUCCUGCCACGGGAUGCAGGAGCGGCGCGAGCCCCGGCUGGACAAGCUCUUCCCAGACACAGACACACCACGGCCACACUGUUUCACGGGGAAGAGGGUGUUCUUCCUGAGCAGCCGCGUGCACCCGGGGGAGACGCCGUCCAGCUUCGUCUUCAACGGCUUCCUGCACUUCAUCCUGCGCGAGGAGGAUCCCCGUGCCCAGAUGCUGCGCCGCAUGUUUGUUUUUAAGCUCAUUCCCAUGCUGAACCCAGACGGAGUGCUGCGAGGCCACUACCGGACUGACUCGCGUGGGGUCAACCUGAACCGGCAGUACCUCAACCCUGAUGCCGAGCUGCACCCCGCCGUGUACGGGGCCAAAGCGCUGCUGCUGUACCACCACGUGCACAGCCGUGUGCUGCCGGGCAGCCCCGACUGGAGGACCUACGUGUCACCGCUCAGCAGCAGCGUGCUCAGCACCAGGUCUGCCAACCAGCCUGUUCCAGAGGCAGUGCUGCCAGAGCUGGAGAAAACAAAUAACCUCCACAACACACCCAGCACAUGGAGCCAAGGCCUCGGCCCUUCUCAGGAGCCCCCUGUGGAGCUGAUCCUCCCAGCUCAGCAGCACUGCGAGGAGGAAGCCGGGCAGCCACCGCCGCUUCCCGAAGCCAUCCCGCCCCAGCACAGCGGGCUGGCCUACUACGUCGACCUGCACGGCCAUGCCUCCAAGCGUGGCUGCUUCAUGUAUGGCAACAGCUUCAGCGAUGAGAACGAUCAGGUGGAGAACAUGCUGUUCCCUAAGCUCAUCUCCUUGAACUCACCUUACUUUGACUUCACGAGCUGCAACUUCUCAGAGAAGAACAUGUAUGCCAAAGACAAGCGGGACGGGCAGUCCAAGGAGGGCAGCGGGCGUGUGGCCAUCUACAAAGCACUGGGGAUCAUCCACAGCUACACACUGGAGUGCAACUACAACACAGGCCGCUCUGUGAACAGCAUCCCUCUGGCCUGCCACGACAACGGGCGCGCCAGCCCCCCGCCACCACCCACCUUCCCUUCCAGAUACACGGUGGAGCUGUUUGAGCAGGUCGGCAGAGCUCUGGCCGUGGCUGCUCUGGACAUGGCAGAGUGCAACCCGUGGCCGCGCAUCGUGCUGUCGGAGCACAGCUGCCUCAGCAACCUGCGGGCCUGGAUGCUGAAGCACGUGCGCAGCAUGCGGGGCAACCCAUCCUGCGUGCGGAGGAGAGGAGGCCGCAGCCCCCCCAGGAGCACCGGCGGGCUCCCAACCUCGGCCUCAGAGAGCGCCCUGUCCCGCCUGCGCAGCUUCAGCCACGGCAGCCAGCAGGACUCGCCCCGUGUCAGAGCCUCACCCAGCUUCCCUGGUGCUGCUGUGGAUGCUCCGGGCCUACAGAAGGGUGGCGUGCAACCCCCAGCACCGCUGCGAGUGGGACUGUGUGGAAGAAGUGCGUGUGAGAGCGGCCGCCCCGUCCUCUCGAAAGGGCCCCGGACACGUGGCAAGAGACCCCUGAUGGCAGCAUCCAUUGGGGCUGCAGGGCCGGCACAGUGCCCGGCCCCACAUCUGGGCUGUGCUCGCUGCCCACUGCUGCAGUGUGCCCUGGGUCUGAAGCAUCACUGUGUGGAGGGCAGAGCAGUGUGAAAACCUCUUACCCCGCAGCCUCUGCCACCCAGAUUGUUGCUGGGAAUACACCAAAGUGCCUUUCUGCACAGCGGCUGAGGGUGCUGCAGGUGUGUGCCAUGCUACCUGCACAGGCACAACCACAGCCCUGCCACGGGCUGACAAAGCAAGGCGGUGGCUGUACCCCUCACUGCAGGGCACAGCCCAGAGGUGGGCACAGCCACGGUGCUGCAGGAAGGCUGCAGCAGUGCACAGCAUAGCAGGGCUUGGCUGCAGCCCCAGGCUGCUGCAGGGCUCCCAGCCCCACAGGCGUUGCACUGUGAAUAAGCAGCAGUGGGGCUCGGAGCAGAGGGCUGUGGGUGCUGCUGGGUGUGCGUGGAGCUGUGCUCGGGUCCAGGCUUUGUGCUGCCAUGUUUCUGACUGUCGGUGUGUCCCUGUACUUGGCUUCCUCCUGCGCGGUUCCUUCCCGGUGUUGGGUAGUGGUUCUUCUCCGCCUCGAGGGCACAGCAGGGAGGAAAUAAAAGGUUUGUGUUCCCGUGG